UCCUAUCUGAAUCAUGUAAGCAAACUCUGUAGCUGCUGUAUCACUUAUCGGACCGAUGGGCAACUAUAUACGCAGUGGAAUUGCUGAUUAAAAGAUAAAGACAUGGGCAUAAAGUCGAUAAGACCACGUGGCAACUUUUGAUUGGUUCAGUUGGAUUAUUUUUCGAUGGUCUAGACAUCAAACGAACAAUGAUACCGUCCCAUUGGAUUCUCUACAAUAAUAGGUCUUUUUAGGGGUGGACAUCUUUUAUCUAACUUCCUGUUCUACCACUAGGAUCCCACACCUUUUUAUCUAAUGUUUAAUGUCAAAUGUACCCUGUAAUUUGUCCAAACGCUCAUUUCAGUUCUCUAGAAUUUUUAUUCUUUUUUAUUUUUAUUUUUUUAUUGAUGAGGAGAACGUUAAAUAUAACAGAACGAAUGGUUUAUCCAUUUUUUUUAACCCUUAAUUCUAUUUUUUUACGCUAAUUUAUCCAAUAAUAGUUAGUACCAAAUACCUAUCAUGUUUGCAAAGACAUGGAAAUUAAAUCAACGUUGACUUCAAAAUGGACGUACAAAGUAAGCAUAAUGCUUUAGACACGUAAGCAUUUUACCUUACAAUUAUUCUUUCUGCAGAAUUCCUAUUUUUAAUUAUCAAUAGGUUUUUCCAUCUAUUCAUCUUUUUGUUUAGUAACACGUGCAUCAGAAACUUUUAUCACAAAAACUCAAUGAAUACUAUGAUCCCCUUCUACUUCUGCCUGAUAUUUCACGAGGUUGCCCUCGCAGCCACCGAUGAUUCCAACCCUAGGGACAAAAUAACCCUUGCCUGUGGCUCAUCAGGAAGCGUCGAGGCCCUCGACCACCGAAUUUGGGAAGGAGAUAUCACCUCAAAAUUUCUUCCUGCACACGCAUCAAUCGCCUCUCUAGCCGACCAACCACCAGCACUUGAUGUCCCUUACAAGACGGCACGAAUCUUCUUCUCCGAAUCCACCUACUUAUUGCCGGUCACCUCCGGCCAAAAGUUUAUCAGGUUACAUUUCUAACCCGACAUAUACGGAAACUUUGACAGCUCCAAGGCCUUCUUCUCCGUCAAAGCAGCUAACUAUACCCUCCUAUCCAACUUUAGCGCUUUUCUUGCUGCUCGUGCUCUUAACAGAGAUGUAAUAGUGAAAGAAUUCUUGGUUAAUUUUGAAGAAGGCAAAGGCUCCUUAAACAUAACAUUCGCUCCACUUUCUUCAAAUUCGGACUCAUUUGCAUUUAUUAACGGAAUUGAAGUCGUUUCUAUGCCCACCAAUCUCUAUUACUCAGCUGAUCAAAGACAAGGCGCAAUAUAUGUGGAUCAGCCUGGCCAGCUGUAUACCAUCAGAAAUGACACCGCCAUGGAGAUGGUAUACCGUAUAAACAUAGGCGGAAAUUUUAUCUCUGCACCUCGCGACACUGGCAUGUUUCGGACUUGGGAAGUGGACGACAACUACUUAGAAGUAUGGGGAUAUAGUGUUGCACUUGUUGAUACCAAACAUAAAAUCAGCUAUGUAGUGAUCCCGGCUUAUACCGCACCAGAAGACAUCUACAGGACUGCCAGGUCUAUGGGGAAUGAAGAUAAAGAUUUAAUUAAGGCGUACAACCUCACCUGGGCAUUCCCUGUGGAUUCUGGGUUUCAAUAUCUUGUUAGAUUGCACUUUUGCUAGAUUCAACCUGAAGUUAACAAGACGGGCGAUCUGGUUUUCAAUAUUUUCAUAGCAAAUGAAACCGCCGAGGAAAGUGCAGAUGUACUCAAGCUGACUGAUGAAAAAUUUGAAGCAGUUUAUAAGGACUACGUCAUCUUCAUAGAUGAUAAAGGAGGCAAGGAGAAAGUAAACCUCUCUGUUGCUCUGCAGGGGAGCCUAGAGGAGUGGCGAACUAAUUACAAGGAUGCAUUAUUGAAUGGAGUAGAGAUCUUCAAAUUGAGCGAGUAUAGUGGCAAUCUCGUCGGUCCUAAUCCUGACCCUCGGAUAUCCCCACAUAUUGCACCACCCAGCCAGGUGCAAACGAGUGGGAAAAAUGACCGGAAAACAAUUAUAGGCAUCACCACUGGUGUAGUACUCGGCAUAUUUCUUUUGUCCGCGAUCGGAUUCUUGGUUUUCCGACGACGAAGAAAAGUCAAGAACUCUAGCUCAGUUGGCGGGACUACGAAGUGGGGACCUAUUUCGUUUUCAACGACUAAGUCCACCAAGACCCAGCGCUCAUCACUGCCAUCAGAUUUGUGUCGUUACUUCUCGUUGGCUGAGGUCAAAGUCGCCACCAACGACUUUGAUGACGUGUUCGUUAUUGGUCAUGGAGGUUUUGGUAACGUGUAUAAAGGGUACAUUGAGAAUGGGACCACAGCUGUUGCCAUCAAGCGGCUCAAACCGGAGUCAUCACAAGGGGCCCGCGAGUUCAAAACCGAGAUCGAGAUGCUUUCCCAACUCCGUCACCGCCAUCUCGUGUCCCUUAUUGGCUACUGCAAUGAUGGGCCGGAGAUGAUCCUAGUCUACGAACACAUGGCACGUGGGACACUCCGGGAGCACCUCUACAACAGCGACAAUCCUUCACUUUCCUGGAAACAACGUCUCCAGAUUUGUAUCGGAGCGGCGCAUGGGUUGCACUAUCUUCAUACGGGCGCGAAGCACACCAUCAUUCACCGCGAUGUGAAGACCACGAAUAUAUUAUUGAACGACAAAUGGGAGGCCAAGGUCUCAGAUUUUGGGUUGUCAAAAAUCAACAGCAUUUCCAAGUCCCACGUGACCACAGUGGUGAAGGGCAGUUUUGGGUAUUUGGACCCAGAGUACUACAAACGUCAGCAGUUGACUGAAAAGUCUGACGUGUUCUCCUUCGGGGUAGUGUUGUGCGAGGUACUGUGUGCGAGGCCCCCUAUCUUACGAUCGGUGGAGACGAGGCAAAUGAAUCUUGGACAGUGGAUGCGGUGCUGUUAUAGUGAGGAGAAGGUUUAUGAGAUCGUGGAUAAACAUCUGAGCGGUAAAAUUGCACCAGAAUGUUUGAGAAAAUACUGUGAGAUCGCAGUGACAUGUAUGGAUGAGAAUGGAAGCCAACGGCCAUCCAUGAACGAAGUGGCGUGGGGUCUCGAAUUUGCAUUGCAGCUGCAACUGAGCGCGGAGGAACAUUUAAGUCUAAAUGGGGAUCUUAGUGAGAUCAAGUUUGGGGAUGAGAUUCCAUUCAUAUAUUACAACAAACAUGGUGGGAAAUUCAUCAGUAGCAGCGGAUCAAACAAUGAGCAUAGUAGCGUGAGUGAAAACCACCAGUCUUAUAGAGGGACAUCUGGGAAUGUAUUUACCGAGAUCAAUGAUCUCCAAGGAAGAUGAGCUCCUCUAUUCAAAAAUAGUUUAUGAAUUGUGGUGUCCAAGAGACAUAUGUAAUAAGCCUUGGACAUAAUGCUUUUUCUAUUUGAUCAUGUUUUAUUUUUAGUGGAAUAUCUAUUCCAUAUUUAUAUUUGUUCUAAAAUCCACCGUACUUCAAAAAGGACUCCCUUCUUAUAUA